CCGCAGGUGUGUGCUCUCCGCGUGCUGCUAUAAGUGUGUCGGGUGGCUGUGUGUGUAGUUGGUGAUCCUCCACACACCUGACCUACUUCACGUGUGUUGUGUGCUCCAGUGCUAUCAUCGUGUGCGAACAUACAAAACAAAAUAUGAGAUGUUUUCUGAGAAUAAUUUGACCUACGCAUAUUUGUUUUUAUUCAACCACAAUCUUGGUCGCAUCAAAGGGCAGACUACUGAAAUCAACAAGAUACUUUUUUUAAAAUAAAAAAAAAGCUUCAUUUACUUCAAAGAGAUCAGGAGAUUAAAAACUAUUUUUAAUAUUUAAAAUUUUAUCAAACGAAUCAACUAAGAUAAAUUUAAAUGUUUAACAAAACAUGAAGUAGGACAACCUAGGUCAUGUCUGACAAUGACGGUCCAGAGAAAGGGGGAGGGGAGGCGGUGGAGGACCUCGAGUGUAAGGGGGAGGAGAGGAAGGGGGAGGAGAGGAAGGAUGAGACGGCGGAGGGAGAGAGGAAAGGGGAGGAUCACGAGCUAACGGAGGAGGAGAGAAAGAGAGCAGAGCUGCUCAUCCCGGAGAAUCUUCAGCGCCUGCUAGCCGACGCCCUGACCUACCAGUCGCCCGUCCAGUCGCUCAGGACCAUCGUACGGUGUGGCGGGGACGUCAACGGGCCGGUCAAGAGGGGGCUCCGGCCCCUGCACUACGCCGUCCACUCUGGGUAUGUGGAGGGGAUCCAGUUCCUGUUGGAGCAGGGGGCGGACGUCAACGCCCCUGAUGAUAUAGGGUAUAGGCCCGUACACCUGUGUGCUAGGAAGGGCCUGCUGGAGCCCCUGAAGAUGUUGAUUGACCACGGAGCUCAGGUCCAUUUCUUUGUCGAGGAUGUCGAGAACGCUGACCCGUCCAGGCACCUGGGAUAUCUGACCAUUGAGCCCCUCAACAUGGCGCUAGAGAACAACCACGUGGAAUGUGCCAGACUUCUGCUGUCCAGCGGGGCCAAGCCGGACAACCACUACUUCCUGGGCUACGAGAUCAACCUGGUGCCCCUGGAGAACCUGGACUGCAUGAAACUGCUGCUGGAGUUUGGUGCCGACCCCAACGUCUUCAGCCGCUGCGGCCUGUCCCCCCUGAUGAAAGCCUGCAGACAACACAACAUGCGCGUCACCAGACUGCUGCUAGACCACGGUGCCGACCUUGAACUUCAGCCAAGUUCAAGGUUCGAGCAGAAAACAGCCAUCCACUACGCCGUACAGUCUGGCAGUACCGGCAUCACCAACGCUCUGUUGAGGCGUGGGGCGGUGGUUGGCCGACCCCCGGGGUACAGGUACUCAGCCCUGCACACCGCCAUCACGUGCGACAACCCGGACAUGUGUGAGCUACUGCUCCGGUGGGAGGCGCACGUGGAGGAGGUGACCGACGAGAACUCCACCCCCCUGCAGUUGGCCUGCGCCACCCCCGGGCUCAAGCACCGGCUGGACAUCGUCAAGGUUCUCCUCCAGUACGGGGCCAACCCCAACGCCAACGCCCCCUUCCUGUCCUACAGCAGCCCCUUCCUCUCCCCCCUCACGGAGUACAUGCGCUGCGAGACGGAAGAAGUUCAGUAUGACGUCAUCCACGCGCUGAUCCUGUACGGCGCUAAAGUUCACUUCUGCGCCGCCUCGACCUCCAGCCGCGCUAAAGACCCGCACGGCAUCCUCCACUGCGUCCAGUACCUGAAAACCAAACCGGAAGUCUUCCACCUGCUGAUCAGCGCGGCCAAGGUGUUCGACGCCGACUCCAUCAAAGUCUACAGUAGCCUGUCGCCCGAGCAGAGGUUCACACUUCUCGCUGUGGCCGAGGCCCCGCGAGAUCUAAGAACGCUAACUCAUCUGUUUCUCAGAGACCACCUCAAGUCAAAACUCGUCGAGUGUGUUAGAGUUCUGCCCCUUCCCCGCCUCGUCAAACAGUUUCUGCUGUUUAACCCUACAUCCGGGUUCCUAGAUUCGCCCAAAGGGGAAGAAACUCCCCCACAUUAGCAUCAGCUGUACAUAGAGAGACAACCAUUUUAUUUAUAUCAAUCGUGCUGUGAUCUGUAAAGUCAACUUACCUCCCCUAUUUAUUCACAUUGUAAAUACAUUUCAUGAG